AAUGUGUAAACAUUGGAGACCGCAGGGCAGGUUCAAGUUAAGCUGCAAGUCAUGGGCGAUACACCACGUUAAACUAUUGACAUUACAACAAUAUACAACGUUGUAACGUUUCUGCACAGCCACGAGGUGGCAGGAAGUGGAAAGAAAAACCUGGAAGUUCAAAGGGUUCGUGCGCAGUGUGGGAAUGGGUUGCAUUCCUUGCUGGUCCGAAUGGAGAAUAAAGGGAGCGACGAGGUGGAAACAUUGAAGACAAAGUUCUUGUCUGCGUGGCACAAUGUGAAAUACAGUUGGGCUCUGAAAUCAAAGACCUCCUUCAGUAGAAAUUCCCCGGUGCUUCUCCUCGGAAAAUGUUACCAUUUUAAGGUCGAAGAUGACGACAGUGUUACAGAAGCUUGCUAUGAAGGCUCCAAUGAAGACUCGGUCAUGGGGAACGCCGAGGCUUUCCGCAAGGAUUUUGCGUCCCGAGUGUGGCUCACCUACAGGGAGGAGCUGCCUCCUCUGCCCAGCUCCACCCUGACCUCUGACUGCGGCUGGGGCUGCAUGCUGAGAGCCGGGCAGAUGAUGCUGGCUCAGGCACUUAUUCUGCACUUCUUGGGCAGAGACUGGACCUGGUCGGAGGCGAUGACGCUCCAGCCUUUGGACACAGAGACGUGGACUACCACUGCAGCCAAGCGUCUGGUGGCCUCUCUGCAAGGUUCCCCCAGGCCCUCCGAUCAAGGAUCACCGCCCAUGCACCAGGCCCAGGCCCGGGGAUCCGCAGAGGAGGCAGAUGCACAUUUGAAAGAGAUGUACCACCGCACUCUGGUGUCCUGGUUCGGGGACAGCCCCUCGGCUCACUUGGGCCUCCACAGGCUGGUUCGCAUGGGUCUGACGAUGGGGAAACAGGCAGGGGACUGGUAUGGGCCUGCUGUGGUGGCACACAUCCUCAAGAAGGCUGUCGAGGAGGCGACGGACCCUGGCUUGGCGGGUAUAACCGCUUAUGUCUCCCAGGACUGCACAGUGUACAGUGCUGAUGUCAUCGAUAGCCACAGGGCACCAAGAGCUGGGCAGGUCUCCGCUGAGAGAUCCGACGCCCCUCCAUCCCAACACAGCGACCAACCAGUGUCGGCCUCCGCCCUGUCGGACAGCCGAGCUGUCAUCAUCCUCAUCCCUGUGCGGCUGGGAGGGGAGAAGACAAAUCCGGACUAUUUUAACUUUGCAAAGAGCAUACUGAGUCUGGAGUACUGCAUUGGCAUCAUCGGAGGGAAGCCCAAACAGGCCUGCUACUUUGUAGGAUUUCAAGAUGACAGCUUGAUUUACAUGGACCCUCAUUACUGUCAGUCUUUUGUGGAUGUCAGCACCAGCGAUUUCCCUCUCCAGUCAUAUCAUUGCCCCUCACCAAAGAAGAUGCCUUUCAGCAAGAUGGACCCGAGCUGCACCAUCGGUUUCUACUCUAGAAGUGCUCAAGACUAUGAGAGAAUCAGCCAGGAGCUGUCUAAGGUGCUGCAGCCGUCAGCAAGGGACAAAUACCCCGCGUUCACUUUCAUGCAAGGUCAUGGCAGAGAUUACGACCUGUCUGCAGGCCUGACCCCGGAGAAGAGAGAAUGGCCCUUCAUCCGUGACCCGCGCAGGACGGCCACCACGACCGGGGACUUUGUGCUGCUUUGACGGCGCUGUUUAAAGGACUACUGACGGGGAACUUCUUCUUUUAAUGAAUCGUCCUGCUGAUAUCCAAAGCCUCGUGUCUGAGCCUGUUGUGACACCGAAGGUUAUGGAACUUUCUAAAAGUAGAGUAACUUGGUGAACACGACCUGGAAACUUAUUAUGGUAUUUGUUGCCUGUAAAUGUGAGCUUGCUGAACAUUUAGUCAGGAAGCUUCUGGUCCUCUGCUUAAUUCAAUGACUUAAGAUGUUUUGCAUCGUCAUCUGUAGAAGAGGAAUACUCUUCAUUUUGCACCAUGUACUUGUUAUAUGAGCUUGAGGCAAGCUGUUGAAAGCGGUUAUAUCAACGCGUCCACUUUUGUGAGAUAUUGGGGUCGAAAUGCUUUACACGGUGCAUAAUGUUGAAGAAGUCUCAAUGGCUUAUAAUGUCCAUAAGGUCCAGUUCAGCACGACACCACAUCAACGUAAUGGUGUCAUAUGGUGUUGGUCCACUUCAAAAUCCUUUCACGGGGAUACAUCUGCAGUAUUUAGAGAAACAUUUCUGUGUUUAGCACUGAGCUAAGAGGAGUAUUGUAAAAGCUAUAUAAGCAAUAUGGGCCAAGGGCUCUUGAUGGUGCCAAGUAAGUUUUCCAAAUUACCUGUUACAAUAUAAUAUUUAAAAUAUGUUAAAGUAUUUAACAUAUUAUUCUAACACACAUUGAAGUGAAAACAUAAAAUUGAUUUAGGGAAUUGGAAAAUAUGUCGUCAUCAGAGAGACAGACAUACUAGGAUCAACUUUCCAAAUCAAUAUUGUGUGCAAUUAACACAUUUGGCCAAUUAUUUAAUUUUUAUCAUUUCAAACCUUCACUUUUGUAAUGCAAUAAGUAAUAAAAAAUUGUUUUUCUAACAUUUAA